AUGGACCAGCUGAACUGCACCUCUGCCAACUUCACUAACUCCUCAUCUUCAGGCCCAGCAGCUUCAGGCUCUUGGGUCUCCCAGACAGUGGUUCCCACAGUGAUGCUGUCUGUGUGUUUCCUGGUGGGAAUCCCUGGAAAUGUAGCUGUUCUAAUCCUCAAACCAAACUGGCAGCAGCUGUCCACACUGACCCAGAGUCUGAUAGUGAACCUGGCCUUGUCCGACCUGCUGUGCUUGGUCACUCUGCCUGUUUGGAUCUACACUCUUCUGUACAGCUGGACCCUGGGCCUCGUCACCUGUAAAAUGAUGUCCUUUUUAGUGCACUGCAGCCUAAACAGCAGCCUCCUGACCGUCACUGCUCUGAGUGUCCAGCGCUACAUGCAGGUCCUACACAAGCAGAGAAGCCUCCAGUUCAAGAAGAGACUCCUGGUCCUGAUGUGGUGCAUGUCAAUGGUGCUCUCCAUUCCAGCUUUAGUGAUUCGACAAAUUGACAAUGACCAGAAGUGCUUUCCCUGUUACACCUCUACAGCUCAACAAGUGGCCGUGUUGAUGUCUGAAAGCUUUCUUGAUUCCAGCUUUGCUAUCAUGACCACCCUGAAGUAA